AUGAAAAUGAAGGAACAGGAGAGCAAGAAAAUGUCCGGUAAAUGGAGCGACUCGAAGUUGCAGUCGGAAAAUUCGAACGUAACGCAGAAACCUGUAUCGACCUGUGACCAGGAGAAGACCAAAUCUGCGAUUGCAUCGAAGAAAAAUUCUUGUUGUUUGAAUGCGAAGAAACAGACGACCUCGACCGCUAACACCUUGAACUCGUUUGAGCCAGAGAUCAUUUGUGAAUCCGAGGAAAGAGAACGCGUUACCGCGUUAGCACAACGGGAUUUCCUGAUUAAGAGUUAUGGUAUGUUGGAACAAAUCUAUAUGGCAAUGAAGAAAAACGGCACAUUGCGAGCCAUCGACGAGAAGAAGUACGGACUGUACGGAAGACUCGCGUAUACGGAUAAUAUCAGCAAGAGUGCAUCUAGUUGCAGACACAGGUGUCACGUUCAUCAGCAUUCUGAAGCGGAAACGAGAUACGUCCCGUGGGCGAAUCAAUCGUCGCAAUUUUGCCUGAAAGCAAGUAAAGUAGAUAAUCUUACGUAG